AGAGGGCCCAGGUCAGGGCAAUCAAUGGACACCUCCGAUCUGGGUGCUACCCUGUGGCAGUGAUGAGAGGGCUCUGGUGAGGAUGGUCCACUGUCACCUGACACCGGGUGCCUGUGAGUGACAGAGAUGAGAGGCCCGAGAGGGACAGUAGCUGUGAUCUCAGCUCUAGGAGCCUGAAAUGAGGAAGAAGCAUGAGGUCCCGGGUAAGGACGUUCAGCUGUCGCCUCCAUUGGGGAGCCGCAAGCAUGAGGGACCCCGUGAGGACAGUCACUGGUCACCUCAUCUCUGACAUAGUCCUUAGGGCCUCGCUGAAUUGAGACAAAUGUCACAGCUGUGGGGCCCUAGGAUGGGGAACAGACACAACGGACUAGUGAGGAAAGACACCUGUCACCUAAGCUCUGGGUGGCAACAUUGGCGCUGAGGGCUUUCAACUGGCACUGAAUCUCUGCAGUGGGACACAGCAGGAGGGCCCAGGCGAGGACAGCCAACAGUCCCCUUAGCUCUGGGCGCCUACACUGAGUGAGAGGCGUUGGGCCCAGGUUUCAGCGUUCAACUCACAUUUAACUGUGGGAUGCCUGGACCAGGGCGAGGCUUAGAGGCCCAACCUCAGGUAAAGGCAUGACGGGCAGGCAAGGGCACACAGGUAGCCCUUCAGCGAUGGCAGCCACCCUGGGGCAGAGACGUGAGGCCCAGCAGGGGGCACUCAAGUGCCACUUCACCUCUGUACAGCUCCACACCACAGAGACGUGAGGGCCCAGGUGAGGUGAGUUGACUACAGGCACAAAUCUUGGUAGCUACGCUGGAACGGAGUGAGGGACCAUGGAGGUCAUCUAACUGUCACCUCAGCUCUGGACUCCUACACUGUGGCAGAGGUGGCCUCAGGUGAGGGCAUUCAACUGUCACCGGAGAUCUGAUUGCCUAAUCUAGGGUAGAGGCAAGAGGUCCUGCAAUAAGACAGUCGCCCAUCACCUCAGCUCUGGGUGCCUACUCGGGGGUAGAGGCGGGAGGUGCCGGCACGGGGGCAUGAGCAUGCAGGCCCACGUGACCACUGUCAAGUGACAACUCCGUGCUCGGUGUCUACACUGAGAGGGGAACGAGGGAUCAGCUGAGCACGCGGGCUCUGGGUGCCUACACUCAGGCAGGGACACGAGGAGCCAAGGAAACAGUGAACUGGUGCCGCAGCUGUGGGAACUACAUUCUCUGCCAUCUCCCGCUGGGUGCCCGCACUGGGGCAGGGCCAUGAGGGUCUAUGACAAGAGGGUCUCAUGCUCUCCAAGUCCCCAUCGAAAAACAUUCCUGGAGAAACAAAGCUGCCCCUUGAGGCACAGAAGGCUUGGGAUGAGUCCCAGGCCUCUGGCCCUCUCGAGCGUGGUGCCCCUGGGGUUGGUGAAUGUGCCUCUGGGCCCUCAGGGGGGCUCAUUAAACCAGCCUUUCCAAAAUGCCUGCUCUGAGCAAGGUGUAAACACUGUCCUCUAAGAACCAGCCGUCUGGCCGCUGCCCUGUGCCUGGCAGGAGCUUCGUCUACUGGGCACCACGACUGCCAGCAUUACAGGGAAGAGCGCUAAGGAGGGCACGGUGCCCAGGGCUUGGUACUCACAGAUAUGUGAGAGUUUGGCAAAUGGUCAGUGCUAUUUCUGGUCCCAAAUUCCAUGACAAAACUCAAAUACCAACCCGUGACAGCAGCACAGGGGCCUGAAACUUAUCACCUUGAUCCUGUUAGGGAGAACGAGGGAGUGUUGUGAAUGCCAGUGGAGAAGCUCCUGGAUGCUAACCAGAGCUCUGUCACUGCCUGGCUCUAUCACCUUUCUCUGUAUUCUGGGUUCUUUCCUUAGAAAGGUUUCCAGAAAGCGGUGACAUUGGGUCAAAGGGCACGGAUGUUUCAGUGGUUCUCACGCCGCCCGGCUGCUGCCGUCCAGAAAGAUGGGUCCAGGCGACAGAGGUGGCCCCAGCUCUCCCAGCGCGGGAGAGCGCACGGUCCACAAACGCUGCACCUGACGGCUGCCCCACCCCAGCGGGAGAAGUGGACAUGAGGUUGGCAGGUCCCCUCCGCAUCAUGGCCCUGGUCAUCUCCGUGGGCCUCACCUGGCUCGUAGCCAGCAUCCUCCUCGGUGGGCCUGGCGGCGGCUUUCCUCGCAUCCAGCAACUCUUCGCCAGCCCAGAGAACUCAGUGACUGCAGAGCCGAGGGCCAGGAAGUACAAAUGCGGCCUGCCUCAGCCGUGUCCCGAGGAGCACCUGGCCUUCCGCGUGGUCAGCGGGGCUGCCAACGUCAUUGGACCCAAGAUCUGCCUGGAGGACAAGAUGCUCUGUCCCCCUGCUAGGCUCAUGAGCAGUGUCAAGGACAACGUGGGCCGGGGACUGAACAUCGCCCUGGUGAACGGGGUAAGCGGAGAGCUCAUCGAGGCCCGCGCCUUCGACAUGUGGGCGGGAGAUGUCAAUGAUCUACUGAAGUUUAUCCGGCCGCUGCAUGAAGGCACCCUGGUGUUUGUGGCUUCCUACGAUGACCCAGCCACCAAGAUGAAUGAAGAGACCAGGAAGCUUUUCAGCGAUCUGGGCAGCAAGAAUGUCAAGGACCUGGCCUUCCGGGACAGCUGGGUGUUUGUAGGGGCCAAGGGUGUGCAGAACAAGAGCCCCUUUGAGCAGCACGUGAAGAACAGUAAGCACACCAAUAAGUACGAAGGCUGGCCCGAGGCGCUGGAGAUGGAAGGCUGCAUCCCCAGGAGGACCACAGCCAGCUAGCGGCCAAGCUCGAGGACCAGACUAAGCGAGGCUGUGUGUACCCAGUCAGGAGGGGGCGCCGGCACAGCGCCGAGGCCCGACCCCACGCCCAGCCAGGGGCACUCCUGCCCCAGCACGGCAGGGCUCCGAGGCAGUGACUGGUGACCAGACCAUGCCCAGUGGUGGGGCUGCGCUGCGGCCCCAUGGCGCUUUGUCCGGGGACCCCAGGUACCCGUCUCCUUUUCCUAAAGCGCUCUGCUGGCCGACACCCACCCAAGUCCCAAGCGCCUGAGGCCCCCAGUCUGGUAGCAGCUGCCUGGCAGGUCGGGGCAUCUUCCGGAGCCUCUCCAUUCCAGAGUGGCUCGCUGCUCUGCAGGCCAGUCCUGUUUCCAGUGUGAUUCGUUCUGCUGAGCCGAACGCGGUGGCCACUCCCGGCGCCUGGCUGCCUCCUGCCUUGCUCUCGCGGGAAGGGGUGCCCACCUGGGAGCCAGGCCGGCCGGGCAGUGAGGUCGCCGGCCCGAUGGCGGUUCCCAGCGUGGCGGGUGGCAGCUCCUGCGGUUUGUCUGUCAGAGGGCCCGCUUUCUAAAUGACGUCUUAAUAAACUGGUGGCCCCCGAAGGAA